AUGAGUAAUUUCUACACUCGAGUUGCCAACACUGAGUUAGGUACCGACAUUUACCCAAUUCGCUCGGACACCUUUGUCAUUCGCACUCUUCUCAACCCUCUCCGCCUCACUCGUACGCUAAUUCAAUUAGGCCACGAGCCUCUUUCUCCUACCGCCUCCCUCUCUCCCCUCUCUCUCCUGAGCUUUUCUUCCUCCACCAUCUACUGCUAUCCUAAUGUCUUCGUCUACACUCGUCAUCUCUUUCACACCUACGGCUUCUGGCCUGUCAUGACUUGCGGGUUCUUCUCCUCAUUCUGCUUUGACUUCCUCACUGAGGUCUUUUAUUUCAUGAGCCAUCGAUACAUCGUGGAGAGAGCCCUUUGUGCCGAGGAGUGGCUGGAUGAUACCGAAGUCAUGGAAAAGCCAAAGUCUAGAUUUGGCGAGGGGCUAGUGGAUAGGAUUCCACUCUCUCAAUUUGCAGCUCACCUGCUUAAUCUUUGUCUCCUCAAGGUUCAUGAGGUCGUUAUCACUCAACCCUUCUAUGUUAUAAUGGUUCGGCAGGGAGCCAGCAUUAUUGGCAAAGAGGUGGGGUAUUCAUGGUUCUAUCAGGCCGUCUUAUCAAUCUUUAGGGAUAACGGUAUUAUGGGAUUUUUCUCUGGUAUUACACCAAGGCUGAUGUUUGAAUUGUCUCCCAUGAUAAUCUACCUCUGUGUGCGUCGUAUGCUCCAGCAAAACAUCUUCAGUUCUUUGCGGUCCUGGUCGAAGACGGUUCAUAGCUGCAUUCAUACUCUCUCUUACGCUGUCAUCAACUUCCUAGCAUAUCGAUUGGAGGUGGUGUCGUGUGUGAUGGCGUUACACGGUUCACGCAUACCGACGGCGGAGGCGGCGGUGGCAAACAGCUUCAGCGGCUGGCGCGAGUGCAGACGCACUCUUGCGAUGACCGGGCAAUUGCAACGGGGUUACUUCCCCUUCUGGCGUUUCUGCCCUACCCCCUCCUUCGCUCCACUCUAA